UCUGGGUGAAGGAGGAAGCAGCAGCAGCGCACCAUCAGGACGCACUGGGUGGGUUGAGGCUGAGGUUGAGGACAGACGCUGAGACGCAGAGGGACUUGGAUCCAGUUCUCUUCCACAGAGCAGCUCGCUCUCUCUCAGGGGCCGAACACCGGAGAUGGCAGCGGCCUCCACAGACUCCGGCCAGGGCGCCACCAAGAUCACCCCCGAAGUGCUGCAGGAGAUGCUGCGCUACUACAACCUGAGCCGCCGGGAGUUCAUCAACACCUACAACAUCCAGCCGCUCGUGUACAUCCCCGAGUUGCCGUACAGCGCCAAGGCCACCUUCGUGAUCAUGUACGCGGUGAUCUUCGUGCUGGCGCUGGCGGGGAACACGCUGGUCAUCUACAUAGUGGUGAAGAAACGUGCGAUCCACACGGCGACGGAUAUCUUCAUCUGCUCCCUGGCGGUCAGCGACCUGCUCAUCACUUUCUUCUGCGUCCCUUUCACCCUGCUGCAGAACAUCUCCUCGGAGUGGUUCGGAGGGGUUCUGGUUUGCAAGACGGUUCCCUUUGUACAGACUACAGCCAUAGUGACUGGCAUCCUCACAAUGACCUGCAUUGCCAUCGAGAGAUACCAGGGCAUUGUCUUUCCCCUGAAAAUGAGGAGGCAGUACUCGUCCAAACGGGCAUACAAGAUGCUAGGGCUCGUAUGGAUUGCCUCAGUGAUCGUGGGCUCACCAAUGCUGUUUGUGCAGCAGCUAGAGGUGAAGUACGACUUCUUGUACGAUCAUUACCACGUGUGCUGUCAGGAAAGUUGGCACUCUGUGACUCACAGGCAGACGUACACCACCUUCAUCAUGGUGGCCCUGUUCCUGAUCCCCUUGGCCGCCAUGCUGUUCCUUUACACGCGCAUCGGGAUCGAGCUGUGGCUCCGCAACAGGGUGGGCGACUCCUCAGUCCUCAACACCAUGAACCACAGGGAGAUCAGUAAGAUCUCGAGGAAAAAGAAAAGAGCCGUCAAAAUGAUGAUCACCAUCGUCCUGUUAUUCACGAUUUGCUGGGCACCGUUCCACACGGUCCACAUGCUGUUUGAGUACUAUGACCUGGAGAAGAAAUACGACGGAGUCACAAUCAACAUGAUCAUCGCUGUUGUUCAGGCCGUCGGGUUCUUCAACAGCUUCAACAAUCCAAUCGUGUACGCCUUCAUGAACGAGAACUUCAAGAAGAGCUGCGUCUCCACCCUCUCCCAGUGCGUCAGGAAGCACAACCAGCAGGGCGGCGCCGUGGUGGCCCCUAAACUCAGCGUGAAGUUCAUCAAACCCCAAAGCAGGGAGGCAUUCACAGAUUCGGAGGCAGGACACAGCUCGAACCAGCACUGCAAGGACAAAGGCCCCUCGAAUCCACUGCACAGAGACCGUUCCAUGGAAGUGAUAGGUGAAAAGAUCUCCACCAUCCAAACUGAGCUGCCUGCAAACAGCUCCUCCCAGGUCAAGUGAGGAGGAUGUGGCUUCGAAGGCUCAAAAUGCUCAGCUGUCGAUCACCUGCACACGACAGUCUCACCGUUGUGGUUCAAACGCUCAAAAAAACCAGCUUGAAAGCACAUCUCUGAAGCACCAGAGAUUGUUCUGUUAUUAUUCUGGUCAGGAAACACAGGAGCAAAGGAAAUUAAGGAAUUCUGAGGAGGGCUCCACAUGCUGUGAAAACGUCCCUGGCAGCAGUGAGGAGCAGCGGUCACGCACUGGUACACCAGGGGUAACUGUGUCAUGAAUUCAAAUCAGUGGAGGUUUCUAAUAUCUGCAGGAAGCUCCGUCUCACUCGGUGAACAUUUAAUAUUGUGGAGGAGGGAACCGUGUUCAUUGUUAUUCCAAAUCUGCGAAACCUUUUUUCCCGUUUCAGUAUCACAGAGCAAACUGUUUUGAAAUGGUAACAAAGAAGCACAGCCGUGGUUUUAGUAGCAAAGGAGAAAACUUGGAUGAAACCUCUGAAUGUUUUUGCUACUAAAUUUGCAUUUGCUCAAAUUGUAGACUUUGUUUAUGUGCCGCUUUUCCACAAACACUCUGAGUGCUUUACACUAUGAACCACGUUCUAAGCACUUCUCUAUCACCCAUCCAGCCUGUUCACAAACUGACAGCAAAGCCCAAGGACACUUGGACAUGCAGAGUGGAGGAGCCGGGGAUCGAACCACUGACUUAGCGAUUAAAUGACAACCUGCUCUACCACCUGACUCAAAGCCGGCCCAAGUUCAAAUCAGAUAUUCAGCAUCACAGAGUUGGGCAUGUGGGUCUGUGCAGUAAUGCGGGCGUUUUACCAAACCACUGUAGUGAGGAAGGAGCUAAGCCGCAGGGCAAAGCUUUCAAUUUACCGAUCGAUCCACGUUCCAAACUCUCACCAAUGGUCACAAGCUCUGGGCGGUGAAUGAAAGAACGAAUUUUGCGAAAACAAGUGGCAGAAAUUAGCCAUAAAGAUAGAGUGAGGAGUUUACAAAUCCAGUGGGAGUUCGAAAUAGAACCUCCGGAAGAGGCGGAAAGCGUAGCUAGGGAUAGGGACGUCUGGGAUACCCUUCUUGGGCGGCUACCUCCACGACCCGAACCCCGAUAAGCGGAAGACAAUGGAUGGAUGAACGGAAUCAGUUCAAUUAGGGGUCGAUCAGUACUAAGCUUUAUUUCAAUGACAAUCUUUCUUUGACUAUUACUGCUCUUGAAAUCCUCUGAGCUGCCCUCUCCAUGAAACUCAGAUCUGAUGAUAAAAUGCCUGUUAUUGAAACUCUGCCUUGUACUUUGGGUUCAGUCCAACAGCUGUGAUGAAUUAAUGAUUCAUUUAUAUGACGGUAUAUCAACAGUCGGCCUUGCGAGUUCUGCCCUUGUGCAGCUUUUUAAAAAGGUUCAUGUUUUACCAGAUUAUUGCUCAGACUUUUCCAGAACAAACUCGACAUGACAAAGCUUGACAGUGGCUGUUAUGACGUUACAAUAAAAAAAAUCCGGUUGAUUCUCAUUUGCACCAAACUAGUGAACCUCAUUCAAUUCUGACAGGUUACAUCAGUUUAUACUGAGGAUUUAUGAUAAUAGGUAUAAUUUAUAGAUCUGAACCUUUACAUGUGGCUUCUGGUGUCACAUGUAAACACACAGGGAGCAAAACCGGUUUGACUUUGAAUGUGUUAAUGAUGCUGUGGAAUGUUUUUGUGUUGCUGAUGUCUUAAUGCAGUUUAGUGAAUGUUCAUUUUGUCAUAACGUUAGUUAAAUGCUCCUGUAAUGAUGUGUUUGGUAAUGACGACGUGGAUUUUACCCACAGUCCUUUGCAGGUCCCAAUGAAUGUAUACAAUUUUGCCGACUGCAUUUCUCAGAGAUUGUGCUCACAUGUAUAUUUUGCUGCCAGUAUGCUCAAAAUCUUGAUAUAUUCAAUUUUACAUGAAAUAAAGAAAUCUAUUAAACCUAAAAUUUUAUUUUCAAUACAGGUUUACAAUCAAAUGGGGCCUUUUAAAAGUUAGAUUUUGCAAAUCAAUUUUUUUAUGAGGUAAGAACUAUACGAUGGUUAAGGAUAAAUUGAUGACUCACUUUUUAUUCUCUGACAAAUGUCAUUUUUCUUAGUCUAUUUUUAUUUAUCAUUUUAAACAGUUAAAAGUGACUCUUACUACUGAAUUAAUUGUUUCCAGU